UUGGUGAUAAAAUAUAAUAAAAAAAUAAUAAAUAUAUUUACAUAUUUCCAGGGUUUUUCGAAGGGUUUAACAAUUGACUCUGCAACUACGAACAGUGAAACAACAUACCACCGUUUCUUCUUCUUCACAGAUCGCUCGCCAUGAGAAAAGCUUUCUCCAAACUUCAUUUUUACUUUCAAAAGCCACACACUAGAACCCCACUUCCUCUUCUCUCCAGAGGCUUCGCCGCCGCAGUUGAUCGCACUUCCACCCGCACACCAAAACCCAAACCCCAUGUCGAAUCUCGCUCCGGCACUCGGUCUUUACUCAAAUUCCAUCGGAUUCAGACCAGCCCAUCUCAUAAUUUCAGCACCCUCGUCGACCCAAUUGCUCAAAUUUCUUCGCAGAUGCCAUCAAGGCAGAGAAAACUCAAGGAAAUAUCAGAUCUCGAGGAGAGCUUCGAGUCGGCGAAUUCCAUCGAAGAAAUGCUCGAUGCUUUCAAAGAAAUGGAGAAUUGCUACGAGGAGAAGGAUUUAGGUAUGGCCUGCUUGAAAAUCGGCCUCAAACUCGAUCAAGAAGGCGAACACCCUCAAAAGGCUCUGUCUUUCGCCGAAAGGGCUUUGCGAAUUUUCGACGAAAACGAUAAUUCUAGUAGUGUUGUAGGUACUAGGUUGUCUUUGCCUCUUGCUAUGACUCUGCAGCUGUUAGGUUCUUGUAGUUUUAGUCUGAAAAGGUUUAAUGACAGUUUGGGGUAUUUGAAUAGGGCCAAUAGGGUGUUGAGUAAGUUCGAGGGGGAGGGUUCGCGUAACGACAAUGAUCGAGUUUUGCCGGUUUUACACGCGGUCCAGUUCGAACUGUUUAAUGUUAAGACAGCUAUGGGUAGGAGAGAGGAGGCUCUUGUUCAUCUUAGAAAAGCUUUGGAAAUCAAGGAGAAGACUUUGGAGGAAGAUAGUAACGAGCUCGGUAAAGCCAAUCGAGAUGUGGCAGAGGCCUACGUUGCCGUUUUGAACUUCAAAGAAGCGCUGCCGUUUUGUUCAAAGGCAUUGGAUAUACACAUGUCGUACUUGGGUCAUAACUCGGUGGAGGUUGCGUACGAUAGGAGGCUUCUUGGAGUUAUCUACACUGGGUUAGACGAGCACGAAAAAGCUUUGGAGCAGAAUCAGCUGUCGAGGAAGGUCUUGAAGAAAUGGGGUCGUAGUUCCGAUUUGCUCCGUGCAGAGAUCGACGCUGCGAAUAUGCAGAUCUCGUUGGGUAAGUACGAGGAUGCUAUCGACACUUUGAAGGGCGUCGUGCAGCAGACCGAGAAGGAUAGCGAGGAUCGAGCUAUGGUGUUUAGUUCAAUGGCCAAAGCUUUGUGCAACCAGGAUAAGUUCGAGGAUGCAAAGAAGUGUUUGGAAGUUGCAUGCGGAAUUCUAGACAAGAAAGAGAGAAGUUCGCCUCUUGCUGUGGUGGAAUCGUUUAUGGAAAUCUCGAUGCAAUACGAGGCGAUGAACGAAUUCGAAACUGCAAUAUUGUUGCUAAAGAGAUCGUUGGCAAUGUUAGAGAAGCUGCCUCAAGAGCAGCAUUCUGUAGGAAGUGUUUCUGCAAGGAUUGGUUGGCUGCUUUUAUUAACAGGGAAGGUGGAACAAGCGAUCCCGUAUUUGGAAGACGCUGCAGAGAGGUUGAAAGAGAGUUUCGGCUCGAAGCAUUAUGGGGUAGGUUAUGUUUAUAAUAACUUGGGGGCGGCUUAUUUGGAAUUAGAUAGACCGCAAUCAGCUGCUCAGGUUUUUGCGUACGCGAAAGAUAUUAUGGAUGUGUCCCUCGGUCCUCAUCAUACGGAUUCGAUUGAAGCGUGUCAGAAUCUAUCGAAAGCGUACGCAGCUAUGGGAAGCUAUCCACUAGCAAUAAACUUCCAGGAGAAAGUAGUCGAGAGUUUGGAGGGACACGGAGCAAGCGCAGAAGAUGAACUGAAAGAAGCGGUUAAAAUAAUGGAGCAGUUAAAGGAGAAAGCUAGUAUUCAAGUCUCUGAAGCUCUUUUGAGUUCCAUGCCUUUUCCCGACAACGACGAUGAACCGUUCUCUUCCGAUAAUUCACAGCCUCGUAUUUCCUCUUCGAAAAGGUAACACGACGACGGACCCCCAAUAUUUUAUUAUACGACGAACAGCAACGAGGACUUCUGAUCUGGCACCCCCGUUUUCUUGAUUAUUGAUUUACUCUUUGUUUUGGUUAAAUCUUGAUUUCGCAUAAUAAUAAUAAUGUAUUCUUGCAUUGUAUAUGGUGCUUUCUAAGAUUUAUGUAUGUUAAUGUACAAUGGUGAGAUCAUAAUGUAUGUCUGAAUAUAUAUUAUGAUCUCGUAUCAAUGGUCAAAGGGGGGAAUUGGUUGUCUGUGC